AGAUGAUGAUCCUGAUGAUGACGACGAUUAUUAUUAUUACAUGCUAUCAUCUUUUUCGUUUAGGUGGUCUGCUGGUUCGUUGACUAUUUCCCUGUACGUUUAUCUCUUGAUUUUAUUUGUGUACAUAUACAUGUAUGAAAAUAUGGAAGGGUGGAGCAUUAAAUGCUUGGACGAUUGGUACGAGUUUUCAGCAAUCGGGACACACGGAUGUCUAAUGGUUGAGCUGGAAAUACUUAUAUUUGAGGCUGGAUACUUUUUCUGUGGUACUGUUGGAGAAAUGGAAGUUGAUGUUUUUGGUGCUGUAUAUAUCGUGAUUUUCUACACAUUUAUGAUAUGCUCUGGAGUUGCGUCGGCCUUAGCAAUUCGAAUAGGGCAAAGUUUAGAAGUAAAUGGAAUCGAUCAAGCUAAAAAGUCAGCGAAAGUGGGAUUUGUAAUAAGCUGGAUAUAUGGUGCUGUUGUAUCAGUUUUCUUUCUGGUAUUUCACAACUAUGUUGGAUAUAUAUUUACAACUGAUAAGAAAGUUGUUGAGCAGAUUUCCAGCAUCGUUCCCAUGUUAAUCACAUUCGAGAUGAGUGACCUCACCAGUAACAUUGGAAAGGGCGUGUUACAAGGAUGUGGUCGCCAGAGCGCAGGCGCACUUACAGCAUUUAUAAGCUACUAUUUCAUUGGUCUGCCAGUUUGUAUUUACUUGGUUUUUAUGUGUGGUUAUGGUGCCAAAGGAAUGUGGAUUGGUCUGUGUGUUGGGAAUGGGACGCAAGCGAUUGGUCUUCUGCUUUACACCUUCAAUAUUGAUUGGGAAUCGGAAGUGAAAUUGUGCCAAGAAAGAAACGGAGACUUUACUCUAACCGAAGCCGAAGAAGAGAGUGACAUGUCGGAAAAUACAGAUGAGUCGGGAACUAGCAGUAGGCCUAAAGGAAGUGACAAGUUUAAAAGCAGUGAAAAAUCGAGGAAAACCAAUAAAGGCAAUGAAAGGCCGAAAAAUAUCGAAGAGGGCAGGAGAAACAAUGAAAUUACACCAUUGGUUGAGAAAUCAGAAUUCAGAUUAAGUCGAGAAACGAUAUACAUGCGAAUAGUCAAUGUUACUGUGGCAACCAUCAUAUGCUUCGCAGGCAUUGCCUAUUAUGUGAUAGGCCAAUCAUGAUUGCCCGAGCGGUCAAGGCAGGGGCACCGUGAUCAUAGCCACCAAUAUCGGCACAGGUUCGCGGCCGGCUCGCUCCCUGGUGGUGAAACAAGUCUUCUCGGAUAAGGACUAUAAACCGUAGGCCCAGUGUACACAAAUGCUCAUGUGCACUUUAAAGAACCCAGUACACCUUUCCAGAUGAUUAGGGGUUACCCGGUGUGCUGGUUCACUCGGCUCCUGUCGUGGACAGAUGAAAGUGCGCCAGUUUACUGGGUGCAGUGGA